UUAGUAUAUUUUAUAUUUAUAGGUGUUGGUAUACUUACACGGAAAAUGGGUAACUGUAUAUCUCCAGUUGUCGAACUUACAAAAAAUGACGAUGAAAAGUAUACCUUAACUUCAAAUUCAACUUUCAAAAACACGGCGACUGUAUUUAAAUUAGGUGAAGAAUUUGAUGAAGAAACUCCCGACGGUCGUAAAGUCAGAUCAAUUAUUACACAAGAUGGAAAUACUUUAGUGCACAAACAAAAAAGUGACAAGUUAGAAACAACAAUAAUCAGAGAGUUCAAACCUGACGAACUUAAGAUGGUUUUAACUGUAAAUGACAUCACUUGCACCAGGAUUUAUAAGCCUUUAUAAAUAAAAGAAUAAAUUUGCUCAAUAGAUAUUAUAAAUUAUAACUUGAUAUAGUUGUUUAAACUUAUUACAGCAUUAGAUCUUCUAUCUAUGUUCUAAACUUAUUAAAUAUUUAUUUAUUUACGA